UUACUAACCGUACGGCCCGGCAGUUUUUGAUACGAACAGACGCCCGGCGGAUUCCGGCAAGAGCGGCACCUUUUUGAUCAGCCUCAAAAGCAUCUACCGAGUGUGUAGUUCUCCACUAGACAAGCCUCCUCCGGCGGUGGCUUGAAUGCUUGGUUGUGUAACAUUUGUUUCAACCUCGCGAUCCCCUGCCCCCAGACGCCCGGAACAAAUAUGGAGUUUAUUCCCAGAAUACCUUGACCAGUCCAGACUCGGUAUAUGCCCCCAAAGUUUGUUCAGCCAUCGUGCUUCGAAACCGAGAGGUGCGAGUGGAAUAGGUCUGGGGUGCAGCAAUCAUAGGCCAGCAUGUAUGGCCGCAUGUAUUACGAAUGCCCCAAUUCCGAGCGACGGGCAGGUGAUUUAUGCUUCUCUGUAGCCGGCAUUUGCUCAUCCCCGCUGUUUCAUGCGACUGAUCUUGAUCGUGCCACAUGGUCGUGAUGAAAGCGGCCCUGACAAGCGAAGGAUUCAAGGUUAUCACACACUCAUACCAGCCACAUCAUACCUAGGCUACAAUAUACAAUGCGCUGGCAUCUCGCGGUUUGUUGUGGCUUUACUCACUGCUAUCUUCCUGCCUAAUCUGCCUGUGUCUCGGAUUUUUGAUAUUCGCAAACAUCAUUUUGCAUCCCUGAGUUAGUUGCAACCAUGUCAAAGUAGACGAUAGAAAAGUCAGACGGCAGGGACCUCGACAUGUCAUCCUUUCAUAACUCUUCUUAGUACAUGGUCGGUUAAUUAUACAAGACUCGAAAUUCAUGGAACAAAAACAGGUGAUGGAGGACUGACUCCUAGAAUCAAAUAAAACCUUGAGAGAGAGAAAAGAUAAGAGAAACCGCUAGAGUAAACCACUACAUGUAAAGUAAACAACAGACAAAUAAAAUCGCAAAAGGCUCACCGGCCAUUGACCGGUUACGAAAACCUAGAGGUUUUAACGAAGAAUCGAACGGGGGGCGUCUCAGGGCUCUCGGUGAACCCCGGCGGAGGGCAGCCCCAAUAGCCUUACCACUUGACCGCGAGAGCUUUGUGAUAAGGGUACUGGGGCUGGUUGAAAUCUACUAGGUCGAACUAAUACAUAAAGCUUCUACCGACUGGUGCAUAGCACUGAGGACCUUGAUGGUUGGCAAAAGUCAUACACAACCAAACAGAAAAGAGCGAGUGAGCCAUCAACGGAUCUCGCGACUUCUGUUCGGAUGUCUGCCGGCACUGUCAAUCUCCUUCGCUUUCACAAACACUUUUUGUCUUCCCUAUCGUCUGCUCCUACAUAUCCUCUCUGCUCCUCGCUGAUGACGGUCAAGAUUAUGUCUUUAUCGAUAGACAAUUACUCUCCUACUCUUCUUUCUUACAUCCCACGUACACUCUCAUCCGAUGUUGAAAUCUCACCGCGAAAUCACCGCUCCCAUAUUGCCGUGGACCAUGGAAUAAUAACUCGGUCUUAUAAACAUCCAUGCUUCUUAGACCAAGCUGAUAUGACGCGGUCUGCCUUUUUACAAGAAAAGUUUUCCCAUGGCACGAGGUUGACUGAAUUCUCCCUUUAGAUACCCACUCAACCGGAACAGAUGGCAUCUCGUCCCGUUCAUGCUGAACAUCGAUAACGGGUCAACAACAAGAGCAGGGCUGGUUGAACGGACAUAGCGGUAAUACCCUCUCUUCUAAUACACCUUCCGAUUAUAGGCCAAGAAGAAGCCGCACAAAGACGUUCCGUCCGGCUGGGUCUUGUUUCAUGUUAUUCGCGCGCAUCGUCCAGCAUUCCCGUCUCCGAUCGAUUACCCGGCCGCAUCACCGGGAUUUGCAUUUUUGCCUAUAUUAACCCUCUAAUCAGAGCCUCAAUGCUUGGACUUCUUGUCCCGCAAGCUUGUAGUGCUUGUCCGAGACAGGGUGCCAUCCAGACCCGCUGAUCAGGGAUCGACGUCAAUGCUUCCCGGUUGAUAAAGCUGCCCAAAUAGGAGGCUUUUCGAGUCCCUGAGAUCCGGGAGAUCAUCCCGCAUGAGGGGGAAAACGAUUUGGUUGGAAUGGAGGCAAUGGUUCGUGGGGUUGUGAUAAGCGAGCCCGAGGCUUACGACGCGGGUUGGUAUUGCUAGCCGCUGGAGAAUUGAUCAACACCCAUUGUGUUGGGGUCGUUGCUCCAUCUCUUGGUCAGUUGACAUGAUGAUGCUUGUAAGCGACGACGGCAAGAGAUCACAAGUGAAUAUCCUGCCACCUCGAGGCAUUUUGCCUUCCUCCGUGACAAACUUGGCAACUCAACCGGGCACAAUAAUGGGUUCAACAUGUCGAACGACGAGAGGUAUAAGAUGAUGGAUCUGUCAGUGAAAGAGAGAAGAUUGGAAAGAGGCACCGCACUCAUCUCCCGUCGUCCACCCUCAUAGCCACCAUGUACCGCUCAGCAGCUUUCCUCACCUUUGCCAGCCUCGUGCUUGGACAACAAGUUGGCACCUACACAGCUGAGCGCCAUCCUUCUAUGCCUAUCCAAGUGUGCACUGCACCGGGCCAAUGCACAAGGGAGAGCACGGAGGUGGUCCUUGAUGCCAACUGGCGCUGGACACACAUCACAAACGGCUACACCAACUGCUACACCGGCAACGAGUGGAACGCAACCGCCUGCCCAGACGGAGCCACCUGCGCGAAGAACUGCGCCGUCGACGGCGCCGACUACAGCGGCACCUACGGCAUUACCACCCCUUCGUCCGGAGCCCUGAGGCUCCAGUUUGUCAAGAAGAACGACAACGGCCAGAAUGUCGGCUCCAGAGUCUACCUCAUGGCCAGCUCGGACAAGUACAAGCUGUUCAACCUCCUCAACAAGGAAUUCACCUUUGACGUGGACGUCUCCAAGCUCCCGUGCGGGUUGAACGGCGCCGUGUACUUUAGCGAGAUGCUCGAGGAUGGUGGGCUCAAGUCUUUCAGCGGGAACAAGGCCGGUGCUAAGUAUGGCACUGGGUAUUGCGACUCUCAAUGCCCGCAGGAUAUCAAGUUUAUCAAUGGCGAGGCAAACGUCGAAGGCUGGGGCGGAGCCGACGGCAACUCAGGCACAGGCAAAUACGGCAUCUGCUGCGCGGAAAUGGACAUCUGGGAAGCAAACUCGGACGCGACAGCCUACACCCCGCACGUCUGCUCCGUCAACGAGCAGACCCGCUGCGAGGGCGUCGACUGCGGCGCCGGCAGCGACAGGUACAACUCCAUCUGCGACAAGGACGGCUGCGACUUCAACUCGUACCGCCUCGGCAACAGGGAGUUUUACGGCCCCGGCAAGACGGUCGACACGACCAGGCCCUUCACCAUCGUCACCCAGUUUGUCACCGACGACGGGACCGACAGUGGCAACUUGAAGAGUAUCCAUCGGUAUUACGUCCAGGAUGGGAAUGUGAUUCCUAAUUCUGUCACCGAGGUUGCGGGGGUGGACCAGACGAAUUUUAUCAGUGAGGGUUUCUGCGAGCAGCAGAAGAGUGCGUUUGGGGAUAAUAAUUAUUUUGGGCAGCUGGGGGGGAUGAGGGCUAUGGGGGAGAGCUUGAAGAAGAUGGUGUUGGUUUUGAGUAUUUGGGAUGAUCAUGCUGUGAACAUGAACUGGCUCGACAGCAUCUUCCCCAACGAUGCUGACCCGGAGCAGCCAGGUGUUGCUCGCGGGAGGUGCGAUCCUGCUGAUGGAGUGCCGGCGACGAUUGAGGCUGCUCAUCCAGAUGCGUAUGUUAUUUACUCCAACAUCAAGUUUGGGGCUAUCAACUCGACUUUCACUGCCAAUUAGAUGGGCAUGGUAGACUGGGCGUGUUGGGGUAGGGUUUAACCUUGCUAGAAAAAGGUGCCUGGGUUGUGGUAGAUGGUAGUGAUACCGUAUAUACGGGGGUUUUACAUACGGCUACAACUUACAUAGAUUGCAUUUUCUUGUCCCCUUCACAAAAUUGAUCACGUUUUUUCUA